GUCGUGGUGCUAUAGCGCUCCGGCCUUUGGAGCCGAUGCUUUACGGCGCUGGGGUUGCGAAGCUGGGCGAUGUCGGCGGCCGGUCGGGUGGAGCCCUCUGGUCUUCCCUGCAGCUUUGCGAAGCGGGUCCUGGUGACCGGGGGUGCUGGUUUCAUUGCAUCACAUGUGACUGUCUCUUUAGUGGAAGAUUAUCCAAACUAUAUGAUCAUAAAUCUCGACAAGCUGGAUUACUGUGCAAGUUUGAAGAAUCUUGAAACCAUUUCUAACAAACAAAACUACAAAUUUAUACAGGGUGACAUUUGCGAUUCUCACUUUGUGAAGCUGCUUUUUGAAACGGAGAAAAUAGAUAUAGUACUACAUUUUGCUGCUCAAACACAUGUAGACCUUUCAUUUGUCCGUGCCUUUGAGUUUACAUACGUCAAUGUGUAUGGCACUCAUGUUUUAGUGAGUGCUGCUUAUGAAGCUGGAGUGGAGAAAUUUAUUUAUGUCAGCACAGACGAAGUGUAUGGAGGCAGUCUUGAUCAGGAAUUUGAUGAGUCCUCACCCAAACAACCUACAAAUCCAUAUGCUUCAUCUAAAGCAGCUGCUGAAUGCUUUGUACAGUCUUACUGGGAACGAUACAAGUUUCCAGUUGUCAUCACCAGAAGCAGUAAUGUUUAUGGACCACAUCAGUAUCCAGAAAAGGUUAUUCCAAAAUUUAUAUCUUUGCUACAACACAACAGGAAAUGCUGUAUUCAUGGAUCAGGGCUCCAAACAAGAAAUUUCCUUUAUGCUACUGAUGUCGUGGAAGCAUUUCUCACUGUUCUCCAAAAGGGAAAGCCAGGCGAGAUUUAUAACAUCGGAACCAAUUUUGAAAUGUCAGUUGUCCAGCUUGCCAAAGAACUGAUACAGCUGAUCAAAGAGACCAAUUCAGAGUCCGAAAUGGAAAAUUGGGUUGAUUAUGUUAAUGAUAGGCCUACCAAUGACAUGAGGUAUCCAAUGAAGUCUGAAAAAAUUCACAGUUUAGGAUGGAAACCCAAAGUGCCUUGGAACGAAGGAAUAAAGAAAACAAUUGAGUGGUACAGAGAGAAUUUUCAUAACUGGAAGAAUGCAGAAAAGGCAUUGGAACCCUUUCCAGUACAGCCGCCGUUUAUAUAAUUGCCACUGUUUCAGAGAAGGAAGAAAAAGUAACCCUACCUCAACAAGUGAAAUGAAGUGGCCAGGUGAUUAAUGACUUUCUGAACUGAAUUCAAAUGCAAAGUUUUCUGAAGAGUUUCAGUAUCGGCACAGACACUUCAUUUUGGUGUGAGAGUUCCUUCAGCAAACUUCUGCAGCUGAGGAGAGAGCAGUAGAGCAGACUCAUGCUGCCGUGGGCCAGCGAGGAAUCUCCUGGACCUGAGAGCAGAGACACCAGGGCGUUGGCUGGAGGGCAACCUGGGCUGCCUUAGAACCUGAACUUCUCAGGUUGAGUGAUGGAGAAUGACUAGUAUGCUCUGACUCUGUGUUUUUAAAGGUCUGAUGUGCUAGAGUUGCUUUAAAAUGGAGCAAAGUGGAAGCAUAUCUAGCACUUUUUAACUUUUGAUAAUUUUGUAAAAUUAAGGAAACUGCUUUUUAAAUAGGGUGGAAAAUUUUUGUAUUUUUGAAAUCAGUUGAUUUAUAUAUAACCUGUAUCAGAAAUUUUAUCAUGUAUUUACUGUUCACAAUGGUUUUAUUUAUAAAAGUGUCUAUAUUUUAAUAUAUUUAAUGUAUAAUGUGGCUUUUUUAGCAAUGUAUUUUUAUUUUGUUGUAGAAAAUUUUUUUUAAUCAUGUGUUUUUUUCAUCUCUUUUCCCUAAAGACUUUAAGGUUGACUUGAGAAAGUAACUGAAUGGAAGUGGGUAGACAAAGAAAAGUGUUGCCAGGUUACACUCUAUUAUGAAUGUAGAUUUUAGACCAGGCUGCCUGGUGAGACCCUGUCUUAAAAAGAAAGGAUCGAGAUAAAGGUGUCGCAGAUAAAGGUGCUCGCCCCCAAACCCGAGAACCUGAGUUUGAUCCCCAGAACCCAAAUGGUAAAAGGAAAGAACCAUAAGUUGUCCUCUGACCACCACACAGAUGCCUCAGCAUAAACACAAGCAGGCAAGCUAGGCGUGUUCGAUGGUGCAUACCUGUAAUUCUACCAUGUAGGAGACUGAGGCAGGAGGAUCAUGACUGUGAGGCCAGCCUGUACUACAUAGUGAGACUUCAUGAUAAAAAUAUAAAUAAUUUAUUUGACCCUUGAUUGAAAAGUCCCUGAUAUACUUAGUAGCACCCCUUCCCAUGUACACCUGAACAGGUUCUCUAGAUACUUUCCCUAUGUGGAGAGAAAGAGGAGCACAGCUAUGUGAGUUGGGUCCUGUGAGAGGCAGAUAUGGAACUAAAGUAGUGCUAAUAAAGGAGAUGAGAGAGGAGAGAGAGAGAGAGAGAGAGAGAGAGAGAGAGAGAGAAUGAAAUUGGGCAGGAUAGUGGUGUUGGCUAAUACUGUGGAAGCAGAAAGACAACCCCAUAUGGAACAGACUGUUGUGUGACUCAGGCCAGCUUGCCACCAAGGAAUGGUGUCUUACUGGGGCUCAGUAUUUGGAUGCAGCAGAGUGGGCGGCCACAGGCGGCAGUAGCUACCUUGGCAUGGUAAGUGAGAAUCCUUGGGGCCCAAGAGUAGGUUCCAUGUCUGCUUAUGCCUGUUCCACACAGGUCACUGAUGAAGGCUGGGCAAAGUUAACAGCAAGUCACUUUGCUGGAUUCACUGCCUCUUCCACAGUGUAACCUGUGACCACAGAUCUACACACUCCCACCCUCUCCCAUCCACCCAUCUUCAGGCCUCCACCCCUGUCUUCCUUGUCUCUGCCUCUGUAGUCUUUUUCUUUCCAAGCCACAGCUGUCUGCCCUGAACUGAAUAUGGAAUCUCAGUGCAGGUCACCUGUAGAUGUAGUGCGUGACUAGGAGAGGCACACUACUCAAACCUCUGCCCUUUGAUUAUCCCUUUGUACAUUUUUUAUUACAUUUAUUUAUUUUAUGGGGGGCAGUGUGUGUGCCAUGGGCUUGUGUGGAGGUCAGAGUACAGCUUGUGGGAGUUGGCUCUCUCUCCUUCUGCCAUGUGGAUCCUGGGGAUUGAACUCAGGUCAUGCUUUGAUGGCAAUCUCCUUAACCCAUCCAGCUGUCUCACUGCCCUCUAUUGCUUACAUUCUUGUUAAAGCCACCCUUGUGUGGCAUAAAUGCAACCACCAUGCAUUUUUUAAUUGCCCCCGUGUAGCAACUCAUCCAUUUAUAAGCCAAAAUGACCUUUUUCCUCCCCUUUCAUUUGGUGUAUAGUAUCCUCCACAUCGCUGGAGGUAUGUGCCUAGAGGGGGGCAUUGGUGUCACUAAGAUAGUGACAUGCCAGUCUAGCUGUCCUGCUCUUGCAGCUUAAGUCUUAUCGUACCCAGGCUCUAGCUCAGAUGUUCCAUUUCCAUCUUGUAAUGGAGGGACUGCUCCUGAUAGUGUGUGAAUGGAUGUACUGGUUGGCAGGAACCACCAUCACGGCAUCACAGAAUCGGUGGCUUCAACAACAGAUGAAUUUUCUCACUAUUUUGAGGCAAAAAAUCUAAGGUCAAGAUCGAGGUGUUGAGUUGAUUUCUGAGAUCUCUCUCAGCCUGUAGAUGUCUGCUCUGAAUUGUUUACAUGAUCUCUGUUCUUAUAUAUCUGAAUCUAAAUUUCCCUUCUUAAAUUUUUUUGGAUUUAUUUAUUUUUCUUUUAUGUAUAUGAGUGUUUUGCCUGCAUAUGUACAUGUACCAUGUGUGUGCAAUGCCCA